GAUUCUGCGCAGCUUUGAAAAGUUGCGGCGGGAGACAGAGGUUGAAUAACUCGACAUUUAUUUAACCAAUAUUAUUCUUGUAAUUGCUACCCAAUAUGUGGCUAUACAACGCAUAAGCUUUUUAGUCGCCCCCUGUAAAAUUAAAUGCAAUUCUUUUGGUGAGUUCUGUCCAAUAAGGUUUUGAAAAAAUCGUUCUUCUUGAAACCGCGUCUGAGAUCAGACCGACAGCUGGCAGUGGCUGCAGGAGUCUUGCAUCCAGUGACCGUAACGUAAGGCAAGACCAGUGUUAGCCACGACCAUGGUGAAUAAGGUGUGGGGAACUGCAGAAGGGGAACACGUCUUUCAUCGGCACAUCCGGAUUGCUUUAACACGCACGAAACCUCCACGAGCCUCCGGCAGGCCUGCCGGCCCUACACCUUCACGACAAGUAUCCUCACAGGUGGCAGUGUCCAAAGGGAAGACCCAGCGUAGUGAGCCCCAGAAAAAGAAAGUGUGUUCCGUGGUGCUUCCUGCUGGAAAGAAAGGGAAAGUCUUGAAGGAUUGGAAGCCCUUGCCCAAAUCCUCCUUGCAGUAUCUAAGCGAAACCCUAAAUAUGGCAAUUUUGUCAGUGUUGUCUUCGAGCCGGAAGGAUCGAGAAGAGCUUCAGAGACAACUCAACAAGCAGAAGGACAGUUUUCUGGCUCACUGCGCACAGCUGAAAGUGCCCUCUACAAACCAGGGUGACAUGAGAAGGAUUAAACAGCUUCAUCAAGUAGAGAAAGAGAAGCUUGAUAUUGGCAAAAACACCCUCCACAAACUAGAGGACAAUGUGAGCUGUGUGGUCAAAACACUGGAAGAGAUGGAAGUUGAGAAGAACAGCCUACAAGAAAGGAUCAGCACUCUCAGGGUGCAGCAGGAGAAGUUGGAGAGAUGCACCCAAAAGGUGCUGCCGCGGCCAGGGCCUGAAGCCCUACAGCUGCCCCGCCUUCCUCCCCGGAGCUUUACAGCCCCCCUGCUUCAGGAGCAGAUGAUGAAGAUGUUGCCCAACCCCGGUAUAGCUCUUCAGCUUGGACAAGCCCUGCAGGCCUCCAAGGAGAUGAAGGACAUCAUGGCCUUUCUGGAGCUAGCGCAUGACCAAGUCGACCGCCUUGAGCACUACUCACGGUCUGGGCCUGAGACUGCCUCCGAGGGCCAGAGGAGCAGUAGCCCUGAAGCAGCACAGUAGCCCGCAGCCUCAGUGUGCUGCUGCAUUGCGGGGCCUAGUGCUGCCAUUUCCUCUCUUACUCUGUGAAACUGUCUUCCUGCUCUACAGACCACAGAGGUUUAUAUGUUGGUUAGAAUAUCACCAUGGUUUUUUGUUUACAGACUUAGUGGUUUCUGCUUUGUCCUUUACUAGGUUUGGCUUAAUUUUAUUAAUUUUCACAAUAACAAAGCCUUUCUGAAAUAUCAUAACACCUUCUAAAGCCACUUUUCACUGCAUGUAAUAACUGCUUCCAUAGCAAAAACAGGGAACAGAGCACAAGGGAGCCUGUGGGAAGUAGAGCACUGCAGACCAAGGGUACAGAAAUGCUGUAUCCUGUUCUCUAUCAGCUGUAUAUCAUCCCCCUCAUUGUCCCUCUGCCCCUGCGACAUGGUGAACCUGGAGUGCUGUUUUACUCAACUAAAAUAACCUUGUGGAUUUUUUUUUUCCUUCCAGGGUUAAACACGUCAAAAUCUUAACUUGUCGAUUAUGACAAACCCUUAAGUCCUGAGUUAGUAAGGUUAUUCUUUCAUAAUAAAAACAAAACUAGACAGCCGUUUAGCAUCGGUCUACAGAACAUAGUCUAACUGGAACUAUGUUCCAAUUCAGCAGUUUUGUUUUUUUACCGUAGAUCUAAAGGCGGCAGUUGACAGCAAGUCAGAACUUUUUGUCCCAUUUGCUUGGAAUUUAUCGAACUAAUGUUUUGGCUCAAAAAUGUUCCUUUGUCAAGGCACUAUAUAUUCAAUCCUUCUUUUAGAUGCAGAAAUCUGAGUUUUUUCUUGCAUUCUCCUUUUAUAACACCUAUUUCCAAAGCCUGCAUUCUUCACACUAAUAAUUUGAUAUAUUUGCAGAUUAUAUAUACAAAAUCAAUAGAAUCAAACCCUUUUUAUCAUAUUGUCUUUCAUUUGCUGAUGAUUUGUUGUUAAAUGUGAUAUGUAGAAAAACUUUAAAAUAAAGUUUGUGAAUGUGUCUUGCA